UUAUAUUCAUUUAAUUCUAAUAAACUUUACAAUACUAGCAGUUAUAGAAAAACUAUGAAUUUACAACAUCAUUCUGGUUGUUGGUAUACUACACAGAAUAUGAAAGGGUUUUGUAUCACUAUUGUUCAGGUACUGCAUUGUGAGCUUAAACCCAAGUCUAACUUUUUCAGCUUUAAAGCUAAACCGGAGAUAAUAAAGAAAUGUCCUCAAAUAAUCUAUAAACUUGAAGUUUCUUUCAAUAACAUAACUAAUUUCAAUGAGAGGUUCGCAAAAUUAACAAAAAAUUUAUAUAUAGAAUAUGAAGAACUUAAUGUCAUUUUAAAAGAAAGUAAAUUGACUCCAAUAAAUCCUCAAAAAGAAGACAAUAUAGUCAUUGGCC